AUGUUCGCUUUUCGUCACGAGCCCCUUAAGUCCCUAUACAAACUGUACGCUUACGUCGCCACAAUAUGCGUACGCCUUCCCUACGCCAACAUCACGUCCAGAAUUCAAGCCCUUCGGCCCAGGCGGACUUGGUCCGCUCGCAGAGCAUACAUUCUUCCUCUCCUGCGGGCUCGCAUCGAGGACUGGUUCGCGACCGGCCUGCCUCUGAGUCCGGGCCAUGAUCCCGAAGAGAUUGUCGCCUCUGGGCAGGCCGACGCUCUUGGUUUUGUGUGGGUGCCGGCCAUUGAUCCCGGACUCAUCGUGGGUGAAGUGAGUGAGAUGGCGGAGCUAAACGGCGUGAAACCGAAGAAGACACACGGAUAUUGGCUCAAGUCGCAGAAGGUCACGGGAAAGGGAGAUUACAAGGCGGAUGAGGGCGAGAAAGUAGUUAUGUAUUUCCACGGAGGAGGAUAUGUGAUGAGUUCCUCCCACCCAAACGGAGGCCCGACCGGUCCAAUAUGCAGCGGUAUCUUGGGGAACUGCACGACUGUCACACGAAUCUUCUCCUGCGGCUAUCGCCUGUCAUCGUCAUAUCCCUACCCUGCUGCGAAUCCUUUCCCUGCCGCUCUCCUCGAUGCGCUCGCUGGCUAUCAGUAUUUGCUUCGCACUAUCGGUGUGCGAGGAGAGAACAUCAUCAUCCUUGGUGAUUCCGCUGGAGGCCACCUUGCCGUCUCGCUCGUCAGAUACCUCGCAACGCACAAUCUCAACGAGUUACCCACUCCGGGCGCGCUCGUGCUCCUUUCUCCUACUGUGGAAUUCGAAAUAACACACAAAGGGUCUGGUUCAUCUCUCAAUCGAAAUGCAGCCACGGACUACUGCGGCAUUUUCUUCAAGGGAUAUCCGGGGAAGAGCCUGCUGGGGAAUUUUCCCGAGAAGGAAGCAUUGACGAAUGCAUGGAUCUCGCCGGCUUCCCUCCAGCUGUCGCGGUUUGAAGGAUUGUUCACAGGCUUCCCUUCUACAUAUAUCGUCUGUGGAGAGGCAGAAAUCGGGUUGGAUGCGAUGCGCACAUUCCGCGACCGCCUCAUUGGCGACAUCGGGGAGACCAAGGUGACCUACGAUGAGGUGAAAGAUGCCACACAUGAUUUCAUAACAAUGUCGUGGCACGAGCCCGAGAGGAGCAAUAUUCUGAAAAUCAUUGGUGAAUGGAUCGACGCAAGAUGA